ACUAUCAUUUUGUUGUUGCUGCUUGUUGUGUUUAUCUGCGAGUUUCAGCCAGCAUUUAAAGAAGAUAAAGCCUUGGUUAAUUUCACAUGAGGGUACUGCAUGGGCCCAACAAAGCCCCGCCCACAUAAGCCACAACAUGUCUAUUUUCAAAGCGCGGGUCAAGGAAUUUGAGGAUGUUUUGGCGGCUCCACAGGAUUUGAUUGACCUAAAGCAACUGCGACGACUUGCAUUUAAUGGUGUGCCCGAAGUGCAAAGUUUUCGAGCCCUCAGCUGGAAGCUUCUGUUGGGCUAUUUGGGCCCCAGGCGCAGCAGCUGGACGACGACGUUAGCCCAGAAACGAGCCCUGUACAAACAGUUCAUCGAGGAGCUGGUCCUGCCGCCAGGACACUCGAUCAAUGGAGACGGAGCUGACGGAGGAGACGGGGACAAAGCCGACUCGAGGGGCGUUGGCCUGCAAGAUCAUCCGCUGAGCGAGGGACCCGAGAGCCGCUGGAACACCUUCUUCAACGACAACGAGUUCCUGCUGCAGAUCGACAAGGAUGUGCGACGCCUGUGCCCGGACAUAUCCUUCUUCCAGCAGCCCACGGAGUAUCCCUGCGAAAUAGUGGUCCACAGCAAGGGAGAGCACGGACGCAGGCUGCACGAACGGGUGGUGCCCACCGUGCUCAGCUCGGCGAAUGUGGAGCGCAAGGGCCUGGGCAUGACCAAGCAGCAAAUAAAUCUGAUUACCAAACGCUCCGUGGAGAACUAUGCCGCCAUGGAGGAGGGCCAGGAGGCCCACUGGGAGGUUGUGCAACGCAUUUUGUUCAUCUACGCCAAGCUGAAUCCCGGCCAGGGAUAUGUCCAGGGCAUGAACGAGAUUGUGGGGCCCAUCUACUAUGUUAUGGCCUCGGAUCCGGAUCUAUCAUAUCGCGCUCACGCCGAGGCAGACUGUUUCUUCUGUUUCACCGCCCUGAUGAGCGAGAUUCGCGACUUUUUCAUCAAAACCCUGGACGAUGCCGAGGGCGGCAUCAAGUUCAUGAUGGCGAGGCUAUCGAAUAUGCUGAAAUCAAAGGACCUGAACAUAUACGAGCUGCUCAAGAGCCAAGAACUGCACCCGCAGUACUACAGCUUCAGGUGGCUCACUCUGCUCCUCUCGCAGGAGUUUCCACUGCCGGACGUGCUGCGCAUUUGGGAUUCCGUGUUUGCGGACGAGCAGCGCUUUGAGUUCCUCAUCAAAAUCUGCUGUUCCAUGAUAUUAAUCCAAAGGGAAACCAUUUUAGAAAACGACUUUGCCUCGAAUGUUAAGCUGCUGCAAAACUAUCCACCCAUUGAUAUUAAUAUUGUGAUCACUCAUGCCGGGUCGUUGGCGUAGCAGACGUCCCAUAAUGUAUCCAAAUGCCCAAAUGCUUGCAAAGCCCCUAUAAGAAAGAAUCAAACAAUCAACUACAAUUCUCGUUAGCCCCAAUCUUCGAAACGCACCUUUACAGGAACUCCAAUAAGUAUACACCCAUAGUUACUUUUUUAUAUGACUUAUAAUUUGUAUGUCAUUAAUAAACGAAAUAAUUUUAA